UCUUUAUUUUAUUCUUAGUUGGAGUUCUAGAAAAAGUGUUGGGCUGCCCACAUGCGCUGCUUCUAUAUAAUGACCAAGUUGAACACUUGAUUAUCAAUUAAUCUCCCAAACACACGAUGGAAACCCCAGAUUCCGACACCAAAUUACAAAAUCAACUCAUCAUCAACUCAUCUCCUAAAAAACAAAAAUGGUGCGGCCAUGAAUUCCUGUACGAAUUCAAUGGCUUCUGGUUCACAAAAACAUACCUCGAAACAACUCAAGAAAUGGUGGAAACAUUCAAACCACUCCCCACAGACAUCAUCUUAGCCUCUUUCCCCAAAACCGGAACCACAUGGCUCAAGGCGCUCCUCUACUCCAUCACCCACCGCUCCCCGCAAGACGACGCCGUUUUGUCCCUCAAUCACCCGCAGGAGCUCAUCCCAUCUCUCGAGACCAACCUCUACCCCCGAAAACGAGCACAAGCCAGCGUCGACGAAUUCCUCCAUGAAAAGGAAGGCAGAAUCUUGAGCACGCACGCACCGCAUCAGAUUCUACGAGACCUCCUCAACUCAUGCGACUGCAAGAUCGUGUACAUAACUCGAAACCCUAAAGACACCCUCGUCUCUCUGUGGCAUUUCCUGCAGAAAUUGGAGGGCGUCGGCGAUGAUCCGUGGGAGCUGGAGGCCGCCGUCGAUCAGUUCUGCGACGGCGUCGUCCCGUUCGGGCCCUACUACGAUCAUGUGCUGGCUUAUAGGGAGGAAAGCCUGGCCAGGCCCCACAAAGUGUUGUUUGUUACGUACGAGGAGCUCAAGGAAAACCCUAGGGUUCAUGUGAGGCGACUCGGUGAGUUUUUGGGGUGCCCCUUUGGAGGCGGAGACGGAGACGAGGAAGUUGAGAAGAUAGUGAAGAUGUGCAGCUUUGAGGUUUUGAGCAAGCAAGAAGUGAACAAGUCGAGCGAGCUCUCCGGCAGCGGCUUCCCGUUGCCGUAUAAUGCGUUCUUUAGGAGGGGGGAGGUUGGAGAUCAUUUAAGGUAUCUUGGAGAUGAAAUGAUUCGGAAGAUUGAUCAUCUUACUACACUCAAGUUUUAUGGAUGUGGUUUUCACUAUGGGAUUUGAUUUUUAGCUUCAAUUUUUUUUUUUUUUCUUUCCUUCAUGUUUUCUAGUUUGUUUUUUGGUUUUGCCUCUCUUGUAUUGUGUUUCAAGAUUGUAUAUAUGUGUGAUUUGUUAAAUUGUUGAUUCUUCGUACA